AUGUGUGACGGCAUUGUCGAUUUUGCGCUGUUUGCGCUGCAUCCCAUGUCGGCCAAGACGACCAACAUUGUGCGCUUCAACCAGGACUGCGGCAACGUCCCUCUAGGCGCCAAAUGCUUCGUCGUGACGGCCAAGCAGACCUCGCGGCGGAGAAGGGGCAUGGUGACGUUUGGCCGGGAGCAGGACAAUGACAUUUGGUACAAGUUUGGCUACAACAGACACCUCUGCACGUUCACCCUCACGCCGGCCGGCGACGUCGUCCUCCUCGACAACUCGGGCCUCAACCACCGCCCCAUGGCCGGCCUCGUGGCCACCACCACCGACGCGAACCAGCACAAGCACGUCGUCGACAGGUACUCGAUGAGCAUCGAGCCCGAGUUCGGCGGCCGCGCCCAGCAGCGCCGCGUCGUGCCCAUGUGCGCCGGCCUGGACCUGCGCGUCGAGAUUGGCCGCGGCUGCGUCUUUGCCCUGCGCUGGUGCGUGCCCGUCGCCUCCCGCGUCGACGUCGCCCGCACCCGCGCCCUGCUCGCCCGCGUCUACGCCGCCCGCCCGCAGCAGUACUUGAUCGAGGAACCCCCACGCAACGCCCCGGCCGUGACGACUGAGCAGCAGGCGCUGCAUGCGAGAUCGCCGCCCGAGACGCACUGGUACGGCGGCCUGUGGCGGCAGGCGCCCGGCCGCACCCACGAGGCCGUCGACCUGCGCACCGGCCGCGUCUACGCGGUCAAGCGGCUGGUCAGUCCGCGGCGGCCGGAUGGCGAGGAUGAUCUGGGCGCGCGGCAGGAGUGGAAGCGGCUCGCCCGGCUGCAGGCCAUGGGCUUCGACGCCCUGGAGCACACCAACAUCCAGCCGCCGCAGUUCAUGGACGGCUGGGCCGAGGGCCACGCGUUUCUCGACUUCUACCACCACCUGUACCGCGGCAACUCGCGCGAUCACUUCGCGCCGCUCGUCGCCCACGCCGGCUCGCACGCCGCCGUCGUCCGCGCCUGCCUGGCCCGCUUCGCCGCGCAGAUGCUCGCCGCGCUCGCCUACCUCGACGCCCACGGCGUCGUCCACGCCAACAUCAAGCCGGAAAACGUGCUCUACCAGACCGCCUGGCACCCGGCCCAGCCCGAGCCGCGCGAGCUGGUGCGCUUUUUUCUUGUGGACUUUGCCUUUGGCGCCGCCGAGACCCACGUCGGCACCGCUGGGUACAUGGCGCCCGAGACGGUCCGCUACUACACGCGCUCCGGCAAGACGGACCUCUACGCGCUCGGCAUCACCAUGCUGGAGCUGCUGGGCGUGCUGGCCGUGGCCGAGUUCCGCCGGGGGAUGAGGCACUGGUGUCUCCGGCUGGCGGCGCUGACGGGACGGGCGGUGCUGGAGGCGGGCAGCGACGACGGCUGCGAGUUCGGGCACAGGCAGGUGCAGUCGCUGUGCGAGCAGGGCGUGCUGAGCAGGGCGCUCGAGGGCAUGCUGCGGCUGCAGUCGGACAAGCGGCAGGACAUUCUGGGCACGAAGCUUGCGUUUGCCGAGCUGGGGGACGAUGCCUUCGUUUACGGCCCGCGAUAG